CCGGUGCUGCCGUUAGCUCGACGGUUGUCUCAUCCUCUGACAGCUGCCUCAGACAGGAGUUGGACCCAGCGGAGAGAGAGGACCGUCGAUGGACUACAUUUCCCUCCGGAGGAUAUUCCACCGAAGCGGUUGAGAGUACCGGACCGACCCAGCAGCCACCCCGCCCCGGUCCGGCCAUGGACGAGCAGGCGGGCCCCGGUGUCUUCUUCAAUAACAACAGCUCCGGUUUGCCCGGUGGUGGGAACAUUAAAGCUCCGCAGACUGGCGACUUCGGCGGCGGAGAGGCGGCCAGGGCUCACUACAACAUCCCGGGGAUUUUACACUUUCUCCAGCAUGAGUGGGCCCGGUUCGAGGUGGAGCGGGCUCAGUGGGAGGUGGAGCGGGCCGAGCUGCAGGCUCAGAUCGCCUUCCUGCAGGGGGAGAGGCGAGGUCAGGAGAACCUGAAGAAAGACCUGGUGAGACGGAUCAAGAUGCUGGAGUACGCCCUCAAACAGGAGAGGGCAAAAUACCAUAAGCUGAAAUAUGGAACAGAACUGAACCAGGGAGAGAUCAAACCUCCGAGUUAUGAUUCAGAUGAGGGGAAUGACAGUGAGGCUCCCAGUCAUCCCAACAGCAGCCAUCAGCUCAGCUGGAAACAAGGACGGCAGCUGCUCAGACAGUACCUGCAGGAGGUCGGAUACACUGACACCAUCCUGGAUGUGAAGUCUCAGAGAGUGAGAGCGCUGCUCGGUCUGACCGGAGACUCAGGAGACAAACCCUCAGAGAAGAAACCCGAACCCAUGGUGAACGGCACCGAACCGUCCUCCCUGAAGGACAGCGGCAUGGUCAGCAAACCCGACAUGUCUGACUCGGCCACCGUGUUGGAGGCCUUCAAGUUCAUCGAGAGCGCUGCAGCAGAAUUCAGCGACGAGGACGAGGAGGAGGACAGCGAAGGGCGGGACAAGACCAUCUUAGACCUCGCUGCAAUGGUGAGGAAGAAACAGUCGUCCACCCCUUCUUCCACAACCUCCGACCUCAGCGACGACCCCGACACGGAGGAGGCGCUGAAGGGUUUUGAUUUCUUGGCGAGUCCAGAUGAGCUGGAUGGAUCCCCCGAGUCCAGGAGUGGGGAGGACAGCGGAGAGUGGGAGAAGGAAGAGCAGUCUCCUCUGGGGGAACUGGCCUGGGACGUGGACCAGGGACUGAUAGCCCAGCUCAAGGAGCAGUACAGGAAGGAGCGCAAGGGCAAGAAGGGGGUGAAGAGACCAAACCGGUCUAAGCUCCAGGACAUGCUUGCUAACCUACGUGAUGCUGAGGAGCUUCCCUCCAUGCAGCCUCCCGUGACGCCCCCCUCCCGCCCCAGUGUACCCAGACUCAAUGAACAUGAAGUGGGGCGCCCUGAAGACGAGGCGAUGACGUUCCUGCCGUCUUCUGGGAAGUCUUUCAUCCUGGGCAGAGUGGACGAGGCAGUUUCUAACGAGCUCGGACUGGGAGAACUGGCCGGACUGACAGUUGCCAAUGAGGCCGACAGCCUGGCGUACGACAUCACUAAUAACAAAGACGCUCUGAGGAAGACCUGGAACCCAAAGUUCACCCUACGGAGCCACUUCGACUCGGUCCGGAGUCUGGCCUUCCACCCGGUGGAGCCCGUCCUGGUCACCGCCUCCGAGGAUCACACCCUCAAACUGUGGAACCUCCAGAAGACGGCGCCCGCCAAGAAAUGUGCUGCUUUAGACGUCGAGCCGAUCUACACAUUCAGAGCUCACAGCGGAGCUGUGCUAUGCGUCACCAUGAGCUCCAGUGGGGAGCAGUGCUUCAGUGGGGGGGUGGACGGUACUAUUCAGAGCUGGAACACCCCCAACCCCAACAUCGACCCCUACGACUCAUAUGAGCCCACUGUCCUGCGGGGGGCGCUGUGUGGUCACACAGACUCAGUGUGGGGACUGGUCUACAGCUCGGCCCACCGUCGCCUCCUCUCCUGCUCAGCUGAUGGAACGGUCCGGCUGUGGAACGCCGCCGACACCUCACCAUCUCUCGCUGUUUUCAACGAGAGAGGAGACCUCGGUGUGCCGACCUCUGUGGACCUGGUCAGCAGCGAGCCGGCUCACAUGGUCACAUCCUUCAACACUGGCCACAUCGGACUCUUCAACAUGGAGACGCAGCAGCUCGUCCUGAAGCUGGAGUCGGCCGGACCGCCAGAGGCUCCCUGCAAGAUCAACAAAGUGCUGAGUCAUCCCACGCUGCCAAUCACCAUCACAGCUCAGGAGGACCGACACAUCCAGUUCUUUGAUAAUAACACAGGUAAGCUGAUCCACUCGAUGGUCGCCCACUUGGACUCCGUCACGAGUCUCGCUGUGGAUCCAAACGGACUGUACCUCAUGUCUGGAAGUCACGACUGCUCCAUCCGUCUGUGGAACAUGGAGAGCAAGACGUGCAUCCAGGAGUUCACCGCUCACCGCAAGAAGUCCGAGGAGUCGAUCCACGACGUGGCGUUCCACCCCACCAAGUGCUACAUCGGCAGCGCCGGGGCCGACGCGCUCGCCAAGGUCUUCGUAUGACCUGAAGCGGUCUGCGGCCGAGUGUCGGGCUCAGAGUGGAGAGGAGGCGCUGAGAGGGAGGAGGGCGGAGCUGAGUUCGGGUGAGGAAGCGGGAAACUGAAGGCGACGGACGCGAACUGCUCCUUUUAAGAUUUGUCAAAUAUUCGUCCCCACCCACCCUCCUUCGGACUUAGGCUGGCCCGGGUCCCGAAACAAACCAACCUCUGGAUGAGACGAUGAAUGAAACAGGAAGUGGCAAAAAAUAAACACACAGGAACUCUCGGUACAUUUAACUAAAGCUGGAAUCUUCUUUCUCUAACUCGUCACUAAAAGCCCGACGCUUUAAGAUAUUGUUCAUGAUGAUGUGCCUUUUUUCUUCACUACAUAAAUUCUUUUGAUCAGACGGCGUGGGAGCGGUAAAACCCGCCGAAUAACAACCCGGUUGGUAAAAACAGAUUCAGUCAGUAAGACACUGAAUCCUCCGACCCGGCUUCAUUUGGUUGUGAGUUUAUUAUUUCCUGUUCUAAACAACAACAACACUAAGUUACGACUCAGCCUGAAGAAUCAGUCUGAAUGUGGAGAGCGGCCGGUCACUAGGACAGAGCGUCAUCCUGUUAACGCCCACGCAGGAAGUAAGAGGUCAAAGGUCGUGGCCCUGAGCGGGUCUGGAGUCAGUGCCUUUGUGCUGAGUCAGCAGGUCGAAUCACAAACAUCCGAAAAGUUUCAUUUCAAAAUGAGAAACACAUUUCUCUGAUUAACAUAGAGCGCCGCGGGGGGGGUGUUUUUCUCCAACACAAGCUAACUAAUGCUAAUCUACAGUCAUCUUUAUUGGGGGGCAGCUGGAGAGUGAAAGUGGGGGGGGCUCUACCUGGCUAGCUAUUUAUCUUUAGAUAGCUAAUUAUAGCUAAUGUUAGCUCAUGGCAGCCUAGAUAAAGGAAAGCAUUUUGGUUUAUUUUCAUAUUCAGAAAUCUAUAAAACAUAUAUGUAAAUAAUAAACUAGCGGCCCGAUUAUAUUAUAUUUUUGACAUUGUGUCUUAGGGCCGGAGGGAGAGGAACGGGGAGCCGGAGGGAGGGGAACGGGGGGCCGGAGGGAGGGGAACAGGGGCCCAGAAAUGGCCCCUGUGCCGGCAGUUUGAGACCCCUGUUCUUUAGCUCAUUAUCUGUUUUCACCCCGCUCUGAGAGAGGAUGAACGCUACCUUCUUGUGUAUAAUUUUGAAAUGAAACCCUUCACCAGUGCGACCUGUUGUUAUGAUACCUGUAAUAUACUCCACCCAGCCUCCACCUGUAAACACACCUGCUGUCAUGUGACUCUGUGACAGUUCGGACGGAGAGCGUCUCUAAAAGUAAAAUCUCUCCUGAAUCUGAAAUAUUUCAGCUCUGAGUUUCUGGUUGUUUGUCUUUCCUCACACACUGUAAGAUGGACUGACUCAGCAGUUUGUGACGACCUGCUGCUUUUUAUUGUGUAUUUAUGGUUGAAAGAUCCGGACGAACUGCAGCGAGAGGAAACCUGCAGCGACGCUCAUCUAUUUGUUUUACUUUGAUUAUUUAUUACGACUUUUAAAAAGAAACGCCAAAUUAAAGCCAAAAGAUUCAACCGAGACGACGAGAUGCUUCCUACUAAACCCGACAGCUGUGGUUGCUAAUGCUAAUUAGCUCAUUUUGUUGUAAAAUAACACUUCACAGGCGUUCUAUGCAGGAUGUGUCCGUUAGCAGCUUUGGUCGAGCUACAUAGAAAAUGAAUGAGGAGAGAAAUUAAACGUUAUUUUCUGAUUGUUUCACGGCGGUUGUUUACGAUCUAAAGCACAAAUAAACACGGUCACACCUCCGCACAACCCUGCAGGAAGGUGACAUAUUUCCAGACUUUACUGUCUGUAUAUCUGUACUUUCUGCUCCUUACAUUUUAAAUACUGGUGCCAGCACGUCAGGUGGGGACCACACUGUCAACAUUUCGGGCAGAUUGGAGAAUUUACGCUGAAGUUGUCGAAGGUUCACUUUUUCAUGGAGAAAUGCAGAUUUUCGACGCCACGUGACGGACACGGUGUCAGACAAAUCAUCGUGAUUUUGAUAUCUUUUCAUCGUGAACUUCUUUCGUGUGAAUUCACCGAAUUGGAAGUCGAUCCAAUUAAUUCUCAACGAGGAGUUCGUUAAAAUAGAAGCUCUGGAAAUGCCGCCAAAAACAGACAUUAAGUUAAAAAUGGCCGACUUCUUGUUGGGUUCAACUCCGAGAGGCUGUCGGACCAUUUCUACACGCCCGUGUGCGAGACCUAAACACUACAUAUGUACGUCUUUGCCGCCACUGACGUGCGUUUUGAAACGCAGCCACCAAAAAUACAAUUCAACAUUAAAGUGUGAGUGAAAGCUGCUCCACCUCACUUCCUGCAUAGUACGCCUUUAGUUCCCAAACUGCACACAAGCUCCCCUCCUGAUUUGUAAACGCUUUAUACGCUGACUGCCUGAAAAUACUGUAUUUUGUGUAAUUAUUAUUAUUAUUAUUUGGAGCGAUUAACUAGUUUUUUAAACGACUCUUUGUGUUUGGUGACAGACUUGUAAGAUACAGUAGAUAUUUUUUUUAAAGACGUAUUUUCUGUUUUACUUGAAAAGUGAAGUUUGUUUUUCCUUUUGGGGUUUCUGCUGGUGUUGUAAGGAGUACAUGACUUUACCUCUCAGCACUACGUAACACUUUGUUUUUGCUUUUUACCAAAUUGUCAUCUCAAACAUGCAGCUUUGUUCCUGGGAUGGUUGGAAACUUUGGAUUUGCUUUUUUUCUUCUAACGUAAACUGAAACUGUGUAUAAAAAAAAAGGGGGUGAACAGAGAUGUGUACAGUUUUUAAGUAUUAAAGCAGAUCUAUUUAUAAACUGGGUGUAAUUAAGGGAAAUUGUAACUGCGCAGUGAAAGUCAGCGAAUCAUUUACCGGCUUGUUGGUGAGCCGGAAAGCUCGAACAUUAUUUGUGUGACCAGUAAACACACAGCAAGUUAGUGGCUGCAGUUUGAAUUCAGCUUUCCCGUUAAAUCAUGUAGAAAAUGAAUGGAGUCUGGUUGCUUUGGUGCUUGAGCUCAGUAACAUUCAGCUGUAAACUGGACCAGGAGUUUAAUCUUAGGAACUCAUCACACGCCAAAAACAGGAAAACCAUCUACAGUCGCGACUCCAUUAAAGGGUCGCGUUGUGAGUAGACACGAGUCGCUUUAAAGGCUCACGCAAACCAAAACAAAGGUUGGACACGUUAGUGCUGCUUUAAGUGACAGAAACAGGUUUGUGGAGGUUUUGAAUGCAGUCCGGUUGCUUGUUGUGGUCGUUGCAGCCUCAAUGAAAGUCCAGAAAAUAAAAUAAAGCUGAUUUUUUUGCUUAUAUUUUGGUUUAUUUUCACACAAAGAAUCCGACAAGAACUCAACCAGGAUUCAUUAAAGGACCCGUGUGUACGAUUACAACCCUUACUAAGCCCCGCCUCCAAUAACAGUUCAGCUAGCUAUGUGCUAGGCUAAUCUAUGUUGAAAAGACAACCAUAUGUUGAAGAUGUUUAAAAGAUGAACGCGAUAUAUAGUCACAUCUUAAGUUAGCUAAAACACUGGCUAACCAGCUAGCUCUUCAUCAAUCGUUAGCUAGCUAGUUAUAUUUGAUAGCGUCAACAAAAUGCAAGCUAAUUAGCCAACCAACAAUUGAUGUAGAUUAGUUAUUGAUUAUCUUUUAACCUAAAUGUGUUAACAUAGAUUAGCCUAGCAUAGCCUAUCUCAGUACAGGAAAGGAGGAAGUUGACAGAGAGGGAAUUAGGAAAGGUAAUUUUAAUACAGCUGUGAAGGAGAAACUACGGUGGCCCCAAAAAACCUGAAAGGUCCUUAUCUAGAGUCAGUGUUUGGUUUGUCCUUUAUGGGCUACCGUAGAAGAGGACCCGCUCCCUCUAAGGUAACAAAAACACAACGAUAUUUAUUUUCAGGUGAUUAGACAUUAAUUAAUACCGGUUUCCUCCUCGGUGUCACAUCGGACCUUUAAAUGAAUUUUGAAUGGAGUCUGGUUGAUCCCAGAAACGAGAAAUGAAAGUCAAGAAAAUAAAAUAAAACUGCUUUUUUCCCUCCAUAUUAUUUUUAAACAAUGUGAAAAGAACCGUUAAUCAUCAAUAAAGCUGAUUAACACCAGAUCAGUUUAUUUCAGAGCAAUAGAAUCAGUGUGUCUGCCAAUAACUGAAUCUCAUUUUACACUUUGAUUAUAAGCAGAUUAUAGACUAAUGUUUGGAGGUCACGUAUCCGCAGUAACACUAGCCAGUAGUGAUGUAGGCAGCUGAACUGUGUCAGUCAAACUAUAUUUUCAGAUUAUUAUAUUUUGUCGUCUUCAGUGGCCAAAAGCAGAGUUUGAACCUUCAGACUGAGACCUGAACCCAAACUGUCGUCGGGUCCGGUCUGCCUGUAAAUUAUUGUUGUUGUUUAAUGUGUACAGUGAAACUAUUAAAGAGAGAUUAUAGAUGCUAAUCUGGCUGUACAGGAAGUAAACACAGGUGUUGUUUUAUUUCUUUAUUGUUGUUCCUUUUUUUCUUUUUUCAAAAUGGGAGAGUGACAGAUUUAUCAGUAACAACAAUAAAGGAAUAUGUUGUAUAUCA